CAACUUCCACCGUUCACCUUGCAUCCGCUACACUCAGGUCUCAAUUCAACACGCGGCGCUUCCUUUCGCUAGCAGCGGGCCUCACCGCCUCAUAGUCACACGCACUCUCAUCGUCGCACACUCACCCGUCGCUUCAACAUGUCUAAUCAAGGAUACUACGGAGGUCCGCCUCAGCAAGGUAGUGGGUACGUGAGUUUGCCUCCGUAGUUUCUUGCGCGCGGGCUGUUUGUUUUACCUAGAGCGCAACACUUACUUUUCUUGGCCUUGCUUGGGAUCGCAAAGUAUCCCCCUCAGCAAGAUGGCUACCCUCAGCAGGGAGGCUACCCGCAGCAAGGCUAUGGUGGCCCACAGGGUGGGUGCCAGUACCCAUUCAUGGGGGCGGAAAGCAUGUGGACUGAGACUCAUGGUCAUUGCUGUCCUCGUACGUGCAGGAUACCCGCAAGGCCAGCAAAUGGGUAUGACCCCGCUCCAGCAAAAGCAAGCCUCGGCCAAGGACAAGCACGGAUGCUGCGGUCCUUGUGCUGCUUGCUGUGUACGUCCGUGCGAGAGUCCUCCAAAUGUCUAGGGCCCCACACCAGAUCUGUGCUGACUUCUGACCAUCACCUCAAACACCUCAGCUUGGAGCAUGUGCAUGCUGCUGCUUGUGAGUUGCAAAAGGCGCUUUGCGCUCAACCUUGAAACUGACAUUCUGCGCUCUUUCUGUGACUGCUUGUGACUGACCUGCUUUUAGGGAAGACAUUGUGCGUCCCUUUGCUUUUGAGCACACCACUUCGAAUGCAGAGCUGAUGAUGUGCCCCUAUCUUGUCUUGUCAGUGCUGCGCCGAGGUUGGUC